AUGGACCCUCCGAAACCAUUCCCAAUCCUCCGUCUACCAUUUGUUUCAAUUCAAGAAGUAUUCAAAGCAAUGGAUACAUUCGAAAUAAUCAACUUCUCAAUGGUUUCCAAACGGACAAAAGGAAUAGCAAAGCAUAUGACCUUCUAUUCGAAAUACUCAAUUCAAUUUAGCAUUGGUCAAGAACUUGAAGUCAUGGUUAUGGGGCCUAAAUAUAUGACACAAUGCUUUUACUUAUUCACAACAAAUCAAGAAAUGAAUGGAAAAGUCGUGGACAAUAAUUUUGAAGGUUGGAAUGAGAUAUUAGUAUGGAAAUACUCGGAUAAUCCAAUAGAGGAAUGGAAACAGUUGUGUAUAUAUGUAUUGGAAAUAUUCAAAAAACAGACAAUCGUCCUUUUUUCAAUAAUUUUGGAUACAUAUGUAGAGCAAAACGUUUCGAUUAUUGAUUUUUUGAUGACUAAUGUGAAAUCAGUGGAAAAAUGUCAUCUGUUUCAUGCGGAAGAAAGGAAUGAUGUAGAUGAACACGCCGCAUAUGUCCUAGAGAAUAUCAAAAUUACUUUUGAGUUAUUGCUCUGCUUACACAUUAAAAUCGAUGAUUUCAUUUCGAAAAUUCCAAAAGAUUUGAAGAAAUUAACUAUCCUCGAGUCGAAAUCGGUUGGAUAUGAGAGACUUUUGGAAAUCGAUUGUAAAAGUGUGGUCCUAAAAGAUGAUCAAAUCACGAAUGAACAAUGGAAUUCAUUCUUCAAGAAAUGGAUAGCAAUGGAAACAAAUCAGAAUCUGGAAUACUUGGAACUAAAAUACAGAGAAUUGGGGACAUUCAGGGACCAUGUGUUGGAUGAUAUACCGCAUGAAGAGGUGGAUGAAGGAGUCAAACGAGUCUUGAAAACCAGUAGAAAUGCGACUCAAGAGAUAAACGGAGGCAUUGACAUUCGACGUAUCGAUGGAAAAACUGCCACAUUCUUCGUGUACCGUGUAUUUUCAACGGAUCGUUUUGCGAUGAGUAUUCACUGA